CACCAUGCCCCACAGCGCCCCCCUGAUCCUGGCCUUGCUCUGUCUGCUGCUGCCCCUGGGAGGCAACAAAGCCAAAGGUGCCACCCAGCCUGGCCCUUGUGCAUCCUGGAGGGAGGAGAGUGCCACAGUGAAUCUGGCCAACCAGACAUGCCAGCGCAAGUGCCGGCAUGACCGCGACUGCCUAGGCCGGCGGCAGUGCCUGUGUGAUGGUGCCUGUGGGCUCAGCUGCGUCAUGCCUGGCCGGAGCUGCUCAUGGCCAGUGAAGGUAGAGAAUGCCAAGACCCACCUGGUCCAAGAGACUCAUAGCUUCGGAGCUCUCAUGGAGGUGACCUGCCAGACGGGCUUCAUCAUGGGCGCCAGGCAGGGGGCAGCACUCAGCCGAUGCCAGGGAGACCGGCGGUGGAGCCUGACCCCACCAUGUCGACGAGACCUGAGCCUGGCGUCCUGUGGGCCUCCGCCAGAGAUAGACCACGGCUUCCACCAUGGUGCCUCCUAUAGGGCAGGCCAGGAAGUGCAGUACCAGUGCAAGCGGGGGUACCAGCUGGAGGGGGUGGAUACUCUCCGAUGCCAAGAGAACCAGGAAUGGUCUAGGCCUGCACCUGUAUGCCGCUCCAUGUUCUGCCCCCCGCCACAGGCCGUGGCCAAGGGCUACCUGGUAGCGGUGAAGAAGGCACAGUACCGGGCAGGAGAGGUGAUCUACUACCUCUGCAAACGAGGCCUCCUGAUGGACGGCUCCAACCGCGUCACGUGCCUCCAGAAUGGCACCUGGUCCCCGCAGCCCUUCUGCAGAGCCCGCUGCGAGGUCCCAGCCAAGCGUAGCCGUGUGCUGUACCAGGGCAUGAAGCUGUGGGUUCAGGAGAUCCCUGAGGGGCUGGUCCAACAUGGGGAGACUGUAAGCUUCUACUGCCGCAACCACAACCAGACCUGUAGUUACCUGGCGUCAACCCGCUGCUUCGACGGGGUCCUGCCCCUGCCAGUGUGCUACAACGAGCCCACCUGGCUGCAGUACACCCUCUAUCCCAAGCGCGUGGUCUCUGAGAUCCAAUCCUGCUGAACCCUCACCCACCCCUGACAUCCCCCCACCCUCCAAGAUGAACGGACAGAAAGACCCUGGUGCUGGGUCAGGGGUAGGAGCCUGGAAGGAGCCAGAGCCAGCAACACUGAAUGAGGAGACCCAUCCUGCCAGGGCAUUACAUAGCUGCAGAAAGGGAGAGGGCAGUAAGGGGUAGGCCUGCUUUGUCCAUUCUAGACAGUAAAGGGAUCCAGCCCUGGCUUUAGACUCUGCUUCCCCCCCUGGCAUUAUGGGCCACUCUGGGCAGCAGGAUGGAGGACAGCCAAAAUCCCACCCCCCCAGCUGCCAGGAAAUCCCGUGUCCCCCACCCCACCCACAGGACAUGGGCAGCCAGUCCAUUCCAGGGCUGGGCAACAGGUAUCCACUUCAGUCCCUUCUCUAGUCAUCCUGAGGGGCAUCCAGACCCAGGUUUCUCCCCCGUCACCAUAGGGCGCCUCCUGCCAGUCCUCUGUCCCAGGAGGAACCCAUUUCAGUCUAUUGCAACUCACAAGGAAGGAUG